AUGGUCACUCUCCGCUCCAUGCUCGUCGCUGCGCUGGCCACGCUGGCCGUCGCCAGCCCCAUCGCCGAGCCGGAUCACUCCCUCGAAGCGCGUCAGCUCAUGGACUCGAACGACCUGCAGAGCGGCCAGUGCAAGGAUGUCACUUUCAUCUUCGCCAGAGGAUCCACUGAGAUUGGAAACAUGGGCAGUGUCAUCGGACCCCCUACCUGCUCGGGCUUGAAAUCGAAGCUCGGUGCUGGUAAAGUCGCCUGCCAGGGUGUUGGUGGCAUGUACACCGCCGGACUUGCGCAGAACGCACUCCCCCAGAACACCGACCCCGGUGCUAUCAACGAGGCCAAGAAGUGGUUCAACCAGGCGGCGCAGAAGUGCCCCAACACGCAGAUCGUUGCGGGUGGUUACAGUCAAGGCUCCGCCGUCAUCGACAACGCCGUGCAGGGCCUCGACGACGACGUCAAGUCUAAGGUCAAGGGCGUGGUUCUGUUCGGAUUCACCCGUAACCUCCAGGACAAGGGCCAGAUUCCCAAUUACCCCAAGGACCAGGUCAAGGUGUUCUGCGCCGUUGGCGACAUGGUCUGCUCUGGUACUUUGAUUAUCACGCCCGCGCAUCUGACCUAUGGCCUUAACGCCGGCGAGGCGGCUAGCUUCUUGCAGUCGAAGCUGAGCUCUUAG